AUGGAGGUUUUGAUGCUGGUUUGUGUGUUGGGCUUGGGGGUCUGUAUAUGCUGCUAUGCUCUCUUAAAAUGGAAUGAGAUAAAGUAUAAUAGAAAAGGGUUGCCUCCUGGAACAAUGGGGUGGCCACUUUUUGGCGAGACCACAGAAUUCUUGAGGCAAGGUCCAGAUUUCAUGAAAAACCAAAGAGCAAGGUAUGGAAGUUUUUUCAAAUCCCACAUAUUGGGGUGUCCUACAAUAGUGUCUAUGGAUCCAGAUCUCAAUAGAUAUAUUCUCAUGAAUGAAGGAAAAGGACUUGUUCCUGGCUACCCACAAUCCAUGCUGGAUAUAUUAGGGAAAUGCAACAUUGCAGCUGUGUUUGGGAGUACUCACAAAUACAUUAGAGGAUCAAUUUUAUCCCUUAUUUGCCCUUCCAUGAUCAAAGACCAGCUUUUGCCUAGAAUUGACAAGCUUAUGAGAAUACACCUCAACAAUUGGGAAGACAAAACCAUUGAUAUCCAAGAAAAAACCAAUGAUAUGGCAUUGUUCAUAUCCUUAAAGCAAAUUGUUGAAGGUGAAUCGAGUUCGAUUUAUGAGGCUUUCAAGCAAGAGUUUGAUAAGCUGCUCCUAGGAACAUUUUCACUGCCAAUCAACAUUCCAGGCACAAACUACCAUCAUGGGUUCCAAGGAAGGAAAAGGAUUGUUAGAAUUUUGAGACAGAUUAUGGAGAAGAGGAGAGCUUCCUCGAUUACCCAUCAUGACAUGCUUGAUUCCCUAGUAAGAAAUGAGGACCCGAAGUAUAAACUCAGUGAUGAAGAGAUUCUUGAUCAAGUAAUUACCAUUCUAUAUUCCGGUUAUGAAACUGUGUCGACUACUUCAAUGAUGGCAAUCAAGUAUCUCCAUGAUCAUCCAAAAGCCCUCCAAGAACUCAGGGAUGAGCAUUUAACAAUUCAAGAAAGGAAAAAGGCAGAGCAGCCAAUUGAUUGGAAUGACUACAAGUCUAUGAGUUUUACGCGCGCUGUGAUCUUUGAGACUUUGAGAUUGGCCACAGUAGUCAAUGGAGUGUUGAGGAGAGCAACCGAAGAAAUGGAAUUGAAUGGAUUUGUUAUUCCAAAAGGAUGGAAAAUCUAUGUCUACACGAGGGAGAUCAACUACGAUCCAUUUCUUUAUCCGGAGCCUUUAACAUUUAAUCCAUGGAGAUGGCUGGAUAAGAGCUUGGAAUCUAACAACUACUGCUUCUUAUUCGGAGGAGGAAGCCGGCUCUGUCCCGGAAAGGAGUUGGGCAUAGUCAUGAUUUCUACCUUCCUACACUACUUUGUUACUAGAUACAGAUGGGAAGAAAUUGGGGGAGAAAAGAUUGUACAAUUCCCGAGAGUUGAAGCCCCGAAUGGACUACAUGUGAGGGUGUUGAAGUACUAA